AUGAGUGUAUUUAAGCUGUACUUCUACCUGAGCAUUCUCCACUCUCAGUGCUGCUACGCUGUGUGUGACUCUCAUCAUGUACCUGAUGCAAGACAUCAUCCUGCUGCUGCUCAGCAUUAGUCUAGUUCAGAGUCGUUCUAUAAAGGCACUGGUUAAUGAGACCUCUGACGAGACUGAUAACAGCAUUGACCGGGAUUAUUUCUCUGUAUCUGCCAUAAUUGAAAGAGCCAACAAGAAUGCUGGAAAGUUAAAGGGUGAGUUCGCCAUUGUACAUGGUGACAUAGCAGUGUACACUGGGCUCCAGAAUGCAGAUCCAUGUACUUCUCGUCAGUGCAAGUGGCGCAAGGGCAGGAAUGGGAAGAUUAAAGUGCCCUUCAUCAUUUCCAGGCAGUAUUCAAAGUCUGAAAGACGUGUUAUCCAGCGUGGGCUGAAGUCCUUCGAAAAUUCAACCUGUAUCCGAUUCAAACGUCGCACCAAUGAAGAAGACUACGUUCAUAUAAUCUCAGACACUGGGUGCUACUCUUUCGUGGGUCGCAGGGGUGGAAGGCAGGUUGUUUCCCUACAACGCAAUGGCUGUGUUUACCAUCAUAUCGUUCAACAUGAGCUUCUCCAUGCUCUCGGCUUUCAUCAUGAGCAGACUCGUAGUGACCGUGACAAGCACGUCAGAAUCCUCUACCAAAAUGUUAUACCUGGACAAGAACAUAAUUUUGAUAAAGUCAACACCAACAAUUUGAAAACUCCAUAUGACUACAAUUCUGUCAUGCACUAUUCGAGGUUUGCUUUCUCCAAGAACAGGGAGCCGACCAUCCUCCCCAUACCAGAUAAUAAUGUUCCCAUUGGACGUGCCACUGAGAUGAGCCCCAAUGACAUUCUACGUGUCAACAGGCUGUACUGCAGUUAAAUGAAUCACUCUUAACAUCACCAGUGUAUUUCAAAUGCUUUUAUAAACCGCUUGCAGAAAAUGUUCAGGUUUGAAAGACUCUGCUCUUUAUGUAUUCUGAUAUUUUAUUUUUUUAUUAAAUUUUUUUUUUCAAAUUUAAAAAAGUAGAAAGAGUGUUGCACGAGCAGUCAUCUGGGCACAUUUUUCUUUGCUUUGUUUCUACUUACUUUUGAUGGUUUAUCAGUUCUGCUUUUUUGGAGUUUGUUUUCAUUUUUCACCUGCAGUUUUACAGUCAAUUAAAAGUAAUUCAUACUAAUCA